CCUCAGUGUGCAAGAUCUUUUCUCCAAAGAAGAUGCACCUCUUGCUCGAGAUCCCUGUGUUUCUCCUUGUAGUCCUCUACUCCUAUUUAGAGGCUCUUGUCAAGCUUUUCGUUCCCGUGAAGGAAAAAUCUGUCAGCGGACAAAUAGUUCUGAUCACUGGAUCUGGCCAUGGGCUUGGGAGAGCCACUGCUUACGAAUUUGCGAGGCGUCAAUGCAAGUUAGUUCUGUGGGAUAUCAACAAGAAUGGCGUUGAAGAAACUGCUGAAGAAUGCAGGAGGCUGGGAGUCACAGCACAUGCUUUUGUGGUGGACUGUAGCAAGAAAGAGGACAUCUACAGCACUGCAGAGAAGGUGAAAAGGGAGAUUGGUGAUGUGGACAUCUUGAUGAACAACGCCGGGGUGAUCUCCCCAACAGAUGUGCUGUCAACUGAGGAUCAAGCCAUUCAAAAAAUGUUUGAAGUCAACAUCCUUGCUCACUACUGGACCACAAAAGCAUUUCUACCGACCAUGAUGAACAACAACCACGGCCAUGUCAUCACCGUGGCUUCUGCGGGGGGACACAUAGUGGCUCCAUUCGUCGUGGCUUAUUGCUCGUCCAAAUUCGCUGCAGUUGGGCUUCACCGAGCUGUGACAGAAGAGCUGUCUGCCUUGAAGAAAGACGGGGUCAAGACUUCAUGCAUCUGCCCUAUGUUUAUAAAUUCCGACUUCGUCAAAAAUCCAUCUUCAAGAUUAAUGCCUCCUUUGGAGCCUGAAGAAGUUGCAAAUCAAGCAAUAAAGGGAAUUCUAACCAAUGAGAGCAUGAUUUUCAUCCCGCGAUUUCUGAAAGUCUGUGUCAUGCUGGAUAGGUUCCUUCCAGCUCGUGGAGCUAAAGCUUUGUGGAAGCUGAAUGAACUUAAAUUUGAUUUUACCAUUGGAUACAAGCACAAGGAAAACUAAGGGGAUGGGAUUCCUGUUUUUAAUUGCUUUUAACUCUUUGAAGCUUUAAUUCUGGAUAAAAUCUAAUCUGUUAUGAAACCUAUCAACACUUUCUUGUAGCAACCUAUCUAUGUAUGAAUGGCAUGGAGAAAUCAACUUUUCCUUUCAAUUGAAAUGAUGUCUUCCUAUCUCUUAAGAAUGGUGUAAUCCAGAGUUACGUUCCCUCCCUCUCUAAACAAAGAAAUAAUUAUGUUUUGUUUCAUGAAACGAAUGAAGCCUCUAACUCCAUUCUCUCAGGGAGAAAUGCAAGAUGCCAUUGGACGGUGGAUGAGGCAUUUACAACUUCCCCCCUGGAAGUAUGAAAUAAUGCAGCGGAACCCAAUAAACAAACAUGAGUGUAAAACAUGGUUUUCCUACUGUAUGAUCAUGGAUGUAAUGUUGGUGGGAGGCAGGGGAGGAUGUCUCCUUCAUACUUUACAAACUCUGCUAGGAAAUAUCAGGUUCAAACAACAUUAAUAGCAUGAAUAUUUAUGAGUGCCCACAUUUUUUCACUCAUGGGAUCCUUUGUUUUGUGCCUGGAAAAUGCAUGUCACAAUGGCAAGCAAUUUAGUAUUUCCUGCUGAGAGUCUACAAACAGAAGCAUGUCUGGCUGAUUUUACCCAUUCCUGGAUGUUUUUCUCCCAUCAAAACCAACCUUUGCCACCAGUAUUACCAUUAGCACUGUGUCAGUCGUUGCUCCUCUAAUUACUGCCUUUAUCAGUGAAUCAUACUUUCUACUUGUGUGUCAAGCCUCUCCCAUUGUUUAAAUAAUUCUAUGGCAUUGCCAGCUAAACAUUUGAUAUACAGAUAUAUCAUGAUUUGUGAAAUAAGGGUAGAACUAUGUAGAGUCGAACAGUAGGGCUGGGUGAUAUCUGGUUUUCAUCAUCAUGAUAUAUCACCAGCUAAACAUCACACGGGUGGCGCUGUGGUCUAAACCACAGAGCCUAGGGCUUGCCAAUCAAAAGGUCGGCAGUUCGAAUCCCCACGACGAGGUGAGCUCCUGUUGCUUGGUCCCAGCUCCAGCCAACCUAGCAGAUUGAAAGCACGUCAAAGUGCAAGUAGAUAAAUAGGUACCGCUCCGACGGGAAGGUAAACGGCAUUUCUGUGCGCUGCUCUGGUUCGCCAGAAGUGGCUUAGUCAUGCUGGCCACAUGACCUGGAAGCUGUACACCGGCUUCCUCGGCCAGUAAAGCGAGAUGAGCGCUGCAACCCCAGAGUUGUCCAUGACUGGACGUAACGGCUGGGGAUCCCUUUACCUUUUAAACAUCAUGAUAGACUUGUACAGUAUAUCACAAUGUCUGAAAUAAGGAUGGAGCUAUGUAGAGGCAUUGUCUGGUUCCACGGUUUUUCCCACAUUGUGAUUUUUGCAUAGUGCGUAAACACACACACACAAUUCACAAUAUAUUGCCAGGUCAAAAAUUAUGAAACCAAUAUCACAAUAUGGAUUUCAAACCAGUUUUGGAUGAUAUAUUGAUAUAUCGCCCAGCCCUAGUGGAGUCACAGCAAUAGCAAAGCCUGGAUAGCUCAGCUGGUGUUGAUAAUGCCAAGGUUGCAGGUUCGAUCCCUGUAUAGGACAGCUGCAUAUUCCUGCAUUGCAGGAGGUUGGACUAGAUGAUCCUCAGGGUCCCUUCCAACUCUGCAAUUCUAUCAUUCUAUGAUUGUAUGGCAGUGGUGUUGCUGCUGCUUACUGCAAAGGAGAGAGGCAAGGGAACUGCAAGGGGGAGCUGCACAGGCACACAAAGCCACUUCCGCGCCUGCUAUGGAGGUGGGGUUGUGGGCUUCCCGACUGAACCAUUGCGCAGGGGGCUGCUAGCUCCGCCCCUGCGCGAUGGAAGGUUCCCGCCUGCAUCACACCCGGAUCGACCAAUCAGGUUGGUCGGGGGCGGGGGCUUUGAGUUUAAAGCUCCCUGCAGGCGGGAACUCUGCUCUCUGGGGAGGGGCAGGUUACGUCAGCAACUGCCCAAAUUUGGAGAAGUAAUUCCUUUAAAGCAUUCCGGGGGCGGGGCUUGGUCCUGAGCCUGGAGAUGCCAGGGCUGUAGGGCACGCCCCUUCGGUGGCCACAGGAGGAGUUCCGGUAGAUGUACAUCACUGUGCUCCUUACUGGUGGUCAACUUCUCACGGGCUCCAACACACGGGUUGGAGUCGGAUAUAGUCUGAUAGGUUCCAACGCCUAAGCCAAUUCCGCUCAACGUUCGUAAUCAAUAAAGUUGUGGCCUUAACCACCCAAUUAAACUCAUUUACCGCGUCUUGUGUAUUUAUUACACGGGAAGGAGGGACAUUGCCACACAACCAGU